ACAAAUUCCCCAAACUCUACUCGACUUUCGUCUGUAUCAGUUUGUUAUCGUGUUUCAUCAGUUCGUGUUAACAGUUCAGUGAAGAUGAAGGCCGUAGUCAGUGCAUUGUGUACCGAAAACGGGAUUUCCGCCAUCAGCGGAAAAAUCACCAAACGCAAGGAUAUCGAGAACGAGGAGAUUCAGAUGUACCUCUCCAAACUCAAGGAUCUCGUUCCGUUCAUGCCCAAGAACAAGAAACUAUCAAAAUUGGAAGUUAUUCAAUACGUUAUUGACUAUAUUUGUGAUUUACAAAGUGCUCUGGAAACGCAUCCUGCCGUCAAUGCUUUUGAUGCAGCUGCUGCCUUAGGACAGAAGAAGUCACAAGCAGCAGUCAGCCCCAGGCAGCCUCUAGGAGUCAGGCCGAGCCCCAACACCAUCCUGGCACCUUGCGAAGCUCCUGUUCUUCAAAAUGUCACGAGUUCCGAAGCCUUAACGCCAUCAGAUAGGCUAAGUUCCUGUUAAGAAACAUAUUGAUCUCCAUCACCGUGAUCAUUUUCAUCUCAUUCCAUUUCCCUGGAAGAAGAAAAACCAAUGAAGAUAGAAGCACUGUUUGGAUAUAAAAUCUUUGAAAAAGAAUCCGGGGAGCCGACUGAUUAUCAUCUUAAUUUAUAUACUUCGGGUGAUUGUAAACUUUUUUGUGCGAAUGGAGGAUGUUGUAGCUGCAUAUGGUGUUAUUGACGCACCCAGAGAAAUCUACGAUUUGUGGAGGCCCCUUAACUGGAUGCGCCAGUGCAUUUGACGUACCUGUUAUGUUGCAAUUUGUUUAUUAGAUUUUAUUUUAUUGUUUUGUACAUAAAAAAGAGAAUAGGCGGGUUUACAACAAUUUAAAAGCAGCUUUUUAAUAAGUAAUCAUAUUUUUUUUAUAUAAUGUUCGCUAGUUUAACAGUCACAGAUUCAUUUUUCAUUUGUUUCAUCCCCAAGAGCGUCGCAGAGAAAAAAAAUUAGGGAUCUCGAUCUCCAAAAAAUUCGUUCUUGGUUCAUUUAUUCUAAUAGUUCGUGAGUGUUUUAUUCUGUGAUUUUUUAGUAUGUAAUCGUGUACAAAAUAGUGUCCUCCGAGGAGGUUUUUGUAAGUUGACGUAGCUAUCUCUCGAAGCCUAUAUGAUGGGUUUCGAAAGAUGGCGAACCCAACAAUUAAUGUACAUUUUUGUUCUAGAAAAACUUUUGUAAAUAGUUACCUAUAUAGCAACUUGAUGUUGUUGAAAUUUUAUUAUUAUAUGAAGAUAUUUGAAUUAAAUAAAUGACUAAUGAUUUUACAUA